UCUCUCUCUCUCUCUCUCUCUCUCUCUCGACGAGUUUACCUUAAGAUAUCCUCAGGCUGGUUUUGCUGAUCAGGCUUUGGGAGGAAGAGAAGGAGGAGAAGGAGAAUGUGUGUGUGUGUGUGUGUGUGUGUGUGUGUAUGUGUAUGUGUGUGUGUGUGUGUGUAUGUGUGUCUUGUUUGUAUGAUUGAUGGUCCUUCCGCCGCUGCUACGUCAGGAGGGGCAUAAGAUGAGGCAUAUUGAGGAGGAGAUGUCCAGGAGUAACAAGCCUCCUCCUCCUCCUCCUCCUCCUCCUCCUCCUCCUCCUCCUCCUCCUCCUCCUCCUCCUCCUGGAACAAACAUCGCCGUAUUGGUUGUCCUCAUCAUUAUGGCAAGUUGCUAUGGCCAACCAUUUUCUCUCUUCCCGACCCCCUACCCAUCCCUCCCGCCCCUCCAUCCCUCUAUCUCUCUCUCUCUCUCUCUCUCUCUCUCUCCUCCUCACCUCUACCCGCGCCAGUCCUCGCAAGUCUCGUGCGCCUUCGUGAUACCGUAGCACAAGUCCCUCCAUCCCUCCAGGUCUCUCUCUCUCUCUCUCUCUCACUCUCUCUCCCUCCCUCCCUGUCUCCCUCUCUCUCCUCCUCCUCCCUAUAUCAAACCAUUCUCUACAUCCUUCCACUCUCGCUCCCUCCCCCUCACAACUCUCUUUCCACUACGCUCUCUCUCUCUCUCUCUUCCUCUCCCUCUCUCGGCUUCUCCUUAUCCUCCCCCGGUCCCUCCCCAGCCCCCGCCCGCCGCCCCCCACACUCCCCGCGCACUCGCAAACCCCUCAGCCGGCACUGACGAGACAUCAGCCCAGAGACUCACACUCACUCCCGCCACCUCGGAGUCUCCCUCUCUUGCUGGUCCCGUUUCCUCUCUCUUCCUUCCCUACUCCCCCGCCCCCAGCGUCCCUCCGUCACCAGCAGCGAGGUGGGGAGUGUGCGGGAGUGCGCAGAGCGGGGAGAGGGGCGCCAGGGAGAUAAGGCGUGAGGGAAGUGUGAGUGCAGCUCCAAGACGAGAGGGAGGGAGUCGCGCGCUUCUUGAAGGAGUGGUCGAUGGUCGCGAGUCAUCGGUACACACACGACCACGCUGCUCCUCCUCCUCCUCCUCCUCCUCCUCCUGACGCUGUGUGCGUGUGUGCGCGUGUAUGUGUGUGGUGUCACGUGAACUGUGUAAACAUCGUGGCGUGCGGCGGCGGCGGUGUAGGUGUUGUGUUGUGUUGUGCUGUGUUGUCGUGCUGGCCACCUGCAUGUGCUCGCCGGCGGGUCACCUGAGUACCUGUGUUGCGGUGCAGUGUGCUGGUGGCCGCGGCCCUGACACGUGCUGCCACGUGCUCACACCGCACGUGCGCAAGGCUGCCCACGUCCUACACCUGCGUCAUGAGUGUGUGCGCGCGGCCAUGUGACUGCAAAUAUGUUUCUCCGUAAACGUUCAUGUGCGUGUGGCGGCGGCGGCGGCGGUGGUGGCGGUGGUGAUGGUGGUGGUGCAGACGCCGCCCGCCGCAUGGGUCCCCAGCCUCCUGACGUGGCCUUGCGUGCCUCCCGCCAAAGUUACGCCUCAUGUGUUAUAAACUUGGACGCAAGAAGUGAAGGAGGCAAAGUUGCAGAUGGAGAAAACGAUUAUAGCAGAGUAAGAGAAAGACUCAUGUUUGUGGUUGGCAGGCAGUGAGGACAGUGGCUGGCAGCAGCAUGGUGCAGGCCGCGCGCUGCUCGCCGACCCCCUGACUCAGGCCGGGACACGGCUCGCCCUGCACACAGUGAUGACUUCGUGAGGCGCGGAGGCAGCCAGGUGCACCGGCAGGUUGUGAUUGAGGAUGCUGGAGGGCGUCGGCAUGCCUCUGGUGUAUAGUGCAGGUGGGGCCGGCGGGCGCGAGCAGCGGCGGCCCAUGUGGACGCAGCACGAGAAGGCGGUGCUGCGGCUGCUGAUGCGUCAGUACGCCGGCGUGACGGAGUUCGACCCUCCUGACGUGCACAAGCACCCCAUCAGGAACGAGAUGUGGCGGCUGCUGACGGCGCGAUACAACGCCCACCCGCACGUCAGGUCCCGCGACACCAAGCAGCUCCGCAAGGCGUGGGAGAACCUCAAGUACCGCGCCCGCAAGCUGGGCUCCGAGAGCCAGCGAAGCGGGCGCCAGCAGAACGCCGCCGCGGAGUCGAGCUGGCCGCUGGACGGCGUGACGAUACCCGGGGCGGCGCCCUCCACCCCCGCGUCCCCGCCCAGGGAGGCAGGGGAGGUGGGCGACUGGAAGGACGCCGACGAAGAGUCGCAGAGGAUUCUGGACGACGAGGAGGAUGUGGAGAAGGUGGUGAAGGAAGAGGUGGAGGAGGACCCGCUGGCCACGCAGGACAGGUCCAGCCACACUCCGCCUGCCAGCGAGCGAGGCCCCGCUGUGCUGAGCCUGCACCCGCUGGUCUCGUCGCUGCUGGGGGGAGGCCUGGGCUCGCUGGCCACCACGCUGCCCUUCCUCACCUCCCCCUCCUCCCCGCUGGCCACGGGGCUGCUCCUCCCGCAGGUGGUGUCCUCUCUGUCCGGCAGGGAGCUGGACAGCAGGAGCACCAUCUUGAGAUCUUCCACGGACGCCGCCGCAGCUGCCGUUGGGGUCACCGCCGCGGGUGACGCCGCCUCGCCCCCAGCAGUCACCUCCGCCGCGCCCACCUCCACCACCACUACCUCAGACACAAGCAUUUCUACCUCAGGGGCGUCCGUCGUCCUCAACGGUGUUUCUCAGGCAUUCUCAAACACCCCGACGGACGCCGCCUCCCCCUCCUCCCCCUGCCCCGAGAAGCAUGCGGGAGAAGCCGUCACCGAGCCGCCCCUCGCCCAGGACCGCCUGCACCAGCGCGUGGCGGGCGUGGAGGCGUCCAUCCGCAACACGGAGGAGCAGCACCAGGCACAGAUGCAGCUGCUGAGGCUACAGAUGGCACAGGCAGUGACGGAGCACGACGCCAAGAUGCGGGUGUUGGCCACGCAGCUAGAGUAUUGGCAGAGGCGCCUCCGCGUGCAGCAGCAGGUGUCCGACGUGCUGUCCGUCACCACCCAGCAGGAGCCCGAGGCGGAGGACGAGCAGCUGCCUUGACCCCACGUCCCUGUCAGCUGGCUCCUGUCCCUGCCGCGGGUGGCCGAGCACAGGCUGAGUGCCGGGUGCUGCUGGCCAGGUUGUGAGUGACUGACUGUCCAAGUUUAGUGUUGAUAUCUAGGUCUUGUCGGCGUCGGGUAGUACUGCACGCGCUUGUGUGGUUUAAUCAUUCCAGGUGUUUUGAGUGUCAGCAGGUCGCGGCGCGGCGGCUCCGGUCACCCGCCGCGACCAGUAGGGUGUUCGACGUAAGGAAACAAGUAUUACUACAUUGCUGUUUGUGACCUCAGGCGUGGGCGUAUGUCGGUGUGUGUGUGUGUGUGUGUGUGUGUGUGUGUGUGUGUGUGUGUGUGUGUGUGUGUGUGUGUGUGUGUGUGUGUGUGUGUGUGUGUGUGUGUGUGUGUGUGUGUGUGUGUGUGUGUGUGUGUGUGUGUGUGUGAGUGAGUGAGUGAGUGAGUGAGUGAGUGAGUGAGUGAGUGAGUGAGUGAGUGUGGUGGUGUUAGCGGUACGAGUGUGGCACACAGAGCUGGGAAGUGUAGGUAUCGUGGACACUUUGGUUUUGUUAGCGCAACGCUUGGUUAGUGAGGAGGGGUCCACCCCCGCCCAUCCCUCGUCUCCCAGAAGCGGCUUCCAUUCCUGCACUGCAUAAAGCAACAGAGUACUACGGGUCCUGGGCUUCCCGCGAGGCGUCGACGCCGCGGCUCCCGUGGGCGGCCCAGCGCUUCCUGAUCAUCAAAUCGUAACGUAAGCAAGAGGGGCGUGGAGGAGGAAUUCCGGCUACCUGGGAAACCUCUUACCCGGCACGACCAGGAUUUUGUUUUGCUAGAGUCACUUCAGGUGGGCUGCUGCUGCUGCUGCAACACCUCAGCUUUAACCCGCCGCCACCGCCGCCGCCGCCGCAGGACUCCCUCCCGGGGCGCGGGGCGCCGCCCCCGCCCUGGAGGAGGAAGUUGGCGGCGUGCAGGCCGGAGCUUCCCGGCGGGCGAGCAGCCUCAGCACUGUACAUAACAGUAUACCUGACCAUUGUAUUUACACAGAUAUUAUAUUUUUAGUAAGAUUAUGUGCUAUACCGCUAAUAAAUAUUAUAAAACAUUA